UUUCUGUAGUUACUUUCCACACCAGCAGUGGUUUCCUGCAGAUGAAGAUCACUGAGCUAACAGUAACAGACUUCAUCAUCAGAUUUCAUACAGGUUUGUGUUCAGGAUGGCCUCCAGUUUUGUACCUGUUGAAAACACAAGAAAUGGCUUCACCAUCGUGACCCAAGUGGUACCAGGAGGAACAGAGCAAUCUGGCCUCGGGACUGGAGUCUCCACUGGAGGCCCAGUUAAAAAACUUCUGAAAGGAGAGCCGAAGGCACUGGGGACUGUCCAGAUAAUGAUCGGGAUCAUGACGUUCUUAUUUGGCAUUGUUAAAACGGUCUAUGUCCCAAGUGCGGGUGCCUAUAGUGGUGUCAUCUACUGGGGAUCAUGUAUUUAUAUCACCUCAGGUUCUUUGUCUGUUGCUGCAGGCAACAAAGCUAAUACCUGUGCGGUGAGAAGCUCUCUGGUGAUGAAUAUAAUCAGCGCCGUGGCUGCAGGAGUAACCAUGGCUCUGCUGUCCACUGACAUAGGCUUACAGCUAACUGAUAUAUAUUACAGCUGUUCAUACGGGUAUCAUUCAAGUUCAUACGGGUCUUCUUAUGGACAGAGCGAGCUGUGUGAAGCUGUGUGGGGUCAGUCAGGUGGAAUCAGUGGAGUGCUGCUGGUGUUCUCUCUGCUCGAGUUCAUCAUCUCCAUCUGCACUUCUGCGUUCGCCUGCAAAGCCAUCUGCUGCGCUGAAUCUCCGACCAUGAUUCACCUCAACAAUCCUGAAAGACGCCAUCUGGCUGUAAACGUUUAAAAUUUGAAAGAAAAUUUCAAAGGAGGAAACUAUUUUUCUGAACGAAUUCCUCUUAUGUUGUAAAUGUAUGUGUGUGAAGUUCUGAAGCUAUAUUUCUUAAGUCCU